CCGAGUUCAUUCUCCAGUGCAAAUAUGGAGCUGGGUAAAAUCACUGGAGAUGCAGGAUUGGCGCACAUUGAGCUUUGCGCACAGAGAAACCACUGAACACAUCACUUGAGGAAAUAGUCCAAAGUAGCCUAUUUGAAACGCUGUAACCUUUCAUAAUGUGGAUUAUAGUUCUGUGGAUAUUUGUCCAAGUUUUGCUUGGUACUUCAGUCGAAGCACAGCAUUUGGACCCUGAUGUAGGCUUAACAGCUCAGGAACAAGUUCUCCUGCUGUAUGACAUCAAACUGCAGUGCCUUCAGAACAUCUCAGAACACAACCCUGCCGAUGAGGUCUGUUCUCCUGGAUGGGACGGAUUGGUUUGCUGGCCGCAAGGUUCCCCAGGAACCGUAACCAAAGUCCUGUGUCCUGGCUAUGUGUACGACUUCAACCACAAAGGAUUUGCAUACCGUCAAUGCGACAUGAACGGCUCAUGGGUAUCGGUGGAGAACAGAACUUGGGUCAAUUAUUCAGACUGUCUGCGGUUCUUGGCUCCAGGCAUCGAAAAGGACAAAAGGGACUUUUUCGAGCGGCUGCACAUCAUGUACACAGUCGGCUACGCUGUGUCCUUCAGCUCGCUGCUAGUCGCCAUUUUCAUCAUUGGAUACUUUCGGCGUCUGCACUGCACCAGAAACUACAUUCACAUGCAUUUAUUUGUGUCUUUCAUGCUGCGUGCGGUCAGCAUUUUUGUAAAAGAUAGAGUGGUUUAUGCUAAUGGCGUCCUACAGGAGUACGACACCAUGCUAAUGGACAACAUCAGCACCGUCUCCAUUUCCCAUCUUGACAAGACUCAGUAUUUUGGCUGCAAGAUCACGGUCCUAUUCUUCAUUUAUUUCCUGGCUACCAACUACUACUGGAUCCUAGUGGAGGGCCUGUACCUUCACAGCCUCAUUUUCAUGGCGUUCUUCUCCGACUCCAAAUAUCUUUGGGGUUUCACCCUUAUAGGGUGGGGUGUUCCGGCUCUCUUCGUGUCAACCUGGGCUGUCGUCAGGGCAACGCUGGCGGAUGUAAGGUGUUGGGAGUUGAGCGCUGGCAAUAUUAAAUGGAUAUACCAAGUUCCAAUACUGACAGCAAUAGGGCUGAAUUUCAUUCUAUUUGUUAAUAUUGUUCGAGUUCUGGCCACUAAGAUCCGAGAAACAAACGCCGGACGGUACGACACGCGUAAACAGUGCAGGAAGCUUGCCAAGUCCACAUUGGUUCUGGUUCUGGUUUUCGGCGUCCACUACAUCGUGUUUGUAGGAAUGCCGCACACGUUCACAGGACUUGGUUGGGAGCUGCGCAUGUACUGUGAACUCUUCUUCAACUCUUUCCAGGGAUUUUUUGUGUCCAUUAUCUACUGUUUCUGCAAUGGAGAGGUCCAGACUGAAAUCCGGAAGACUUGGCUCCGUUGGACGCUUGCGUUUGACUGGAAGGUUCCUGUAGUUUUAGCCAACUACCGCUACGGGUCGGUCCUGAACAGCAGCGUCCAGUCCCAGCUGACCUCGGUGACCCGCAGUUCUGCCCUCCUCACCAGCAGGGUGUACCGCUGCGCCGGUCGAACCAGUGUCAGCACACACGCCUCGCAUAUACACACCACCUUGCCCGGGUACGUCUUCAGCAGCUCGGACAUUGAGAGCCUUCCGCCUUCGAUUCCGGAGGAAAUCGACGAGGAGGCCAAACACAUCGAUGACAUCACGCUCAAAGAAAGCGCUAAACGCGUUAACGGCAUCUCUGUACGACGGGAAGCCCUCAGCAUCUGCUUCGAAGAGAGUGGACAAAGCACAACCCACGUGGAUUCUGAUGACAUCAUAACGAGGGACGAUGACGCCACCCCUAAGGAAAUCGCUAAACGCACUGAUGACAUCACGCGGAAGGAUUCUUUAUAUGUGAGGUACUAUAGUUUGGAUCAAGAGGAUGAGGAAGUACUUUAAAAAGCAGACUCAAUUUAAAGUGAAUCGCCAUUUGCAACCUAUUCACUGUAGUCAACCUAAAAGGAAAUGAGAGCUUGGGCGGGAAAGUAGGACACGGAUUGAUUCACUGUAAGACCCAGAAUUUACAUGGGGUCUAUUUUGAUUUAAUUCUCGCAUGCCAUUUGCAACCCAUUUUACUUUCGUAAUAUGACGUAUUUACAAUUGAAUCAGGAUAUUCAACAACAAAAAAACUGGACAUUUUCCUUCAGGAAUUUAUUGGAUCUUUUAGAAUGACAUGCACUGAGUUAUAAGACCCAGAAUGUGUAUCAGGAAGGUAAAUAGGGUCCAAUUUGAUUUAAUGCUUAGCUUCUUCAAAAAAUCAAAAUGACUUGCCAUUUGCAACCCAUUUUACUUCUGUAAUGUGACGUACUUACCAUUGAAAAGGGAUAUUCAGUAAAAAACCUGAAUGUGAUCCUUUCUGGAAUUGACUGGAUUGUCAAAAUUGGUCAUACAUACCAAAAUGGAGCCAAAAAUGCUAAAUAGCACCGCCUAAGAUGUCAGCGUAAAAGGAAAGUCGCUUCAGAAAGAAGAGCUAGUUUUGGGUGUGGGGUUGGGGGGUAUUUCUUUGGAAUGACAUGUAUUGAUUCAUAGUAAGACCAAGAAUGUGUAUUAAAGUAAUACUCCACUUUUUUUGGAAAUAGGCUCAUUUUACCACUUCCCCAGAGUUAAACAGUUG